AUGGCCUCCAAACCAUUGCCACAGGUACCUUCACAGCCUAGCAAGAAUAUGGCAAAGUUGAAUUUGACAAAGAAUAGAUUGGAGAGCAAGAGAGACUUGUUUGAGGAUGAUGAGAAGGUUACGCGUGGAAAUGGCCCUGCGACAGGUGUGUCGCCAGACAAACGUCCAUUGGGCGUGCCAGUCGGACCCAAUGACGCACCUCUACAGCGUCUGGCAAGCGUAGUGCGACAACAGGAUUUCUCAGCAUUCCUCUCACAUGCACCAUCGGCACACAUGCACUCGCCUUCCAGGUCGACAUUUGGCGCGACCGUCACCACUUCGCCUUGUGGCGUCGCCCAAAUGCAUGUGGAUGACGCGGCCAAUCGACCACACUUGUUCCGCGCCAAGUCCAAGGCUAUCCUCUCGGCCGUACUCAUGACACACAACAAGGCCACACCAAUGCUCACACUCAAACGAUCGAUCGAGAAGUCGGACGAGCGAUCGAUCGCCACACUUACUCCAUCCGUGCGAGCAAUGUACGUCUACUUGCUGAGCAAUCUGAUAUUGCAGCAGUCUGAGCGCAAGAUGCGCAACAGUGUAGCAUUGUUGGCACGAUCGUUUGGUAUCAAGUCCGAGGCGGACCAGGCCAGCCUUGCGCGCCAGGCCUACAACCUCACUCGGUACCACCUGGCCGAGUUGUCCUACAACGCAUCGCUGGCGCAGCCCGCACCCAAGGACUUUGUCGAUGUGGCCACACACGCUCGCUUCACAUCCGAGCGCACACAGUACUUCCGCACUCGACAGAAACAAGUUGCUGCACUACCACAGUUCUCCACGUUGCUGAUCGUGCUGGUCAACAGCGCCUCCACGCUUCAGUACAAGGACAUUGCGACCAAGUCGUCGGACCCCUACGUGUGUCUUCAUCUUACGACCCCCGACGACAAGUGCCACAAGUCAAAGUCGUCGCACGGACAUCGCUCCUCAGUCAAGAAGACAUCGCUCAACCCGGUUUGGGACGAGACAUUCGUGCUCAAGUCAGAGAAGCGUGAUGAGAACACAUUCAUUUGCUCGGUGUUUGACUCGGACCUCGUCACCAAAGACGACUUCAUGGGCACCGUCCACAUCAGACUCCAGACGGACGAUCCCCGUCUACCCCUCUUGCCGCUUGACGCUGCCGCGCAAGUGAGCUACUAUCUUCAGCCUCGCGAGAAGAAACAGAGCUUCUUCUCCAAGCUCACACAUGGCAAGGAUAAGGACAAGUCUGGCGCGCAAAAAGAUGGCGCUCUAGAGGGCGAGGAGCUAAGUGAUCAGGGACUUGGCAGCGUUAGGGUGUCGCUGUACUUUGCGCGCCGCGAACUUGAGAAGUCUGACGCAUUGGACAGCGUACCAGCGGACAUUCGCACACUUCUCACAAUCAAUCAUCAGCAGUACAUGGCCGAUCUGGUCGAGUUCAUCAUGUCCACCACAGAGUUCAAGACAUCGCUCAUCUUUAGCGACGAGCUCGCCUCGCUGCUGACCGAGUUUGAGCAGCGCGUUGCCAUUUCCUCGCUCACACGUCUAACCACCAUACUCAAUCAUGUGAUUGACAACUUCUCCAUCACGCAGCAACACCUUAAGCUGAUCUCCACCACGCUGGACAACCUGGUGGCUGACUGCCAAUCUGGCGCCAUCAUGUUGACCAACGACAUGGCCACACGACUGACCACCACGAUCAAAUCACUCAAGUCAACAUUCAGCAACAUAAUCAGUCGUUAUGGAUUAAGCUUCCCAGUGAUGAUGAAUGAGGCUGGUGAGGUGCAAGGCAUCAGUGGAGAGAAUGGCAAGCUACUAGUAGCAUCUUUCGACAUCAUCAAGAAGUUGAUCACAGUACGUUGUUUCCAAAAGGGUAUCAAGGGCUCAGACAUCGAGUCCAAGCUCAACACCAAGAUUGACAAGUAUCUCAAUAACUACUUUGACAUCUUCUUCAAGAUGGUGAAGGAGAACUCUGAGGUGUCCAUUGAGGACUCCAAUGACUUUAGGAAUAUCGUCAGCAUGUUGGACAUUUAUGAUGCCAUUGAGAUUCAAAUUCACAAUGACAUUAGUAUCUAUUCACAGUUCUUUGGCAAGAGUUUGAUCAAGAAGUCAGUAGUAUCCUACUACAAACUAUUGCGUGAUGAGACCUUGUUCGUCCUCUCUAAAGAGCUCACUGUCAGCAUUGAGACCUUCACACUCCUCAAGAAGAUCCAAUCACUCAUGUCCUCAGUCAUCUAUCCAAACGCAUCAAAUGAGAUCAAGGGCAUUGAGAUGAACCUCAAUGAGAUGUUCUCGCCAUUCAUUAGAUUGUGGAUUGAUCAGGCGAGGAACCAGUUCAAUACAUGGAUGGAGAGAAGUCUGGACGUGGAGAAGUGGGUGGCCAUCGAUGUGAAGAACAAGGUGUUGCACUCAUCAAGUGUGAUGGACCUGUUCCAGAUGUUUGAGAUUGGAAAGAAUCAUCUGGCGGGAAUCGGCAUCAAUGUGGACAAGGCAGUGCUGGACUUUAUAGAGAUAGUGGCACAAUGCUACCAAGACUACUUGGAGACUGUGAUGAGCUCGCUCAUCAAUGAGUUGGACGAUGUGGCCAGCCCCCUGUUCAACCUGGACGAGGACGACUCUAACCAACACUCUUAUGAGAAGUUCUUGUCCUUCAUCAAGGACAUCACCAUCACGUCGCGAACUCGUUCCUCUUCCACGGCCGUCUCGAUCGAUCAAGAAACUGCCAGGUCAUCACGCACCAUUAGCACGACCAUCUGUGUUAAGCUCAACUCCAUUGAUACCUCGCGACAACUGCUUGACGACCUUUGUAACGACAUGAUCAAGACAUUCCCCACCGUGGGCGAGGACCGCAUCAAUGACGCCUUUGCCAAGUCGUUCACGGCCGCAAAGCGCAACGUCGAGUAUCUCUCCGACCUAUCCAUCAGCAAGAUUGGACGCUGGGUUAACGCCUGUCUUGUGGGCAUCAUGCUGACCAAGUUGCCAGCACUCAACAAGCGUGGCUCGGCCACCACCAUUCCCAGUGCUGCUUCGGCCACGCCCGAGCCAUCAUUGUUUGAAGCAUCGUUUGUAGAUGGCGCGCUGCAAGACCUCACCACUUACCUGUCCAACGAGCUCAGGAUUCUCAGUGGUAACCUCUACCAUCCAACAUUCAAUCGUUUCAUUCGUGGCGUGUGGCAGUGCAUCUGGAAGAUGUGUGAGCGUCUUCUCUUCCCAGGUUCAGACGGCAAGAUGAAGCAGAAACAGACAGAUGACGUGCUGCUCAAUCAAGUGUCCAUGAUCCUCGCUAUGUACGGCCCUCUCGAAGCCUUCUUCUAUGCUGAUGGUGAGGGCAUGAUCCUCGACCUGUUGCGCAAGCAUGCUGAGCCACUGUUCUCCACGCUGCCCGUCUACUUUACAGGCACAUCGGCGUUGAUAAGCCUGCACCAGAAGCUGGUCGCUACCCCAACGUACCGCCUUGCCGGUGCCGAUGUGUUGCCAGCCAUUCCAACCAAGUUCCAGUUGGGCUUCUUCCAGCGGACCACACCAAUACGCGAAGUGCACAUCAUGGCCGCAUUGUUCUCGCGACAAAAAGACAACGAUGCCAAGCAGUUUGCCAAGACCAACAAGACCAUGUAUAAGAACCGCUUCAUCCAAGAUCGUUUCGAUCUCAGCAAGUCAACAUUAGUUGAGAAGUACAAGUGCCGUAGCUCGCUGGGCAUCCCGACGGUCAUCUAUUUGAUGGAUGACUGCAUGUGUAUAUCAACCAUUCUGUCAUACAAUGAGACCAACUCUGUUGUGAAGUACGCCAACAUUAGUCGACUACAGAAACAGACGAUCAGUGGCCGCGAGACAUUCAGUGUCUACGUGGGCGAGAAGAGCUAUGACUUGUGGGACUUUGCCGAGAAGAAGAAGGCCAAGUUGUACAAGUCGACCAUCCAGCUGGUGUCCAAGUUCAACGAUCACAUCAAGUUGGAGGAGGCCGUUGUCCAACACGCCAAGAACCAAGACAUUGAGUACGAGUUUGUAGCCAACCUUUACAAGCUGCCCAAAGGCGAGAAGAUCGUCUCCAAUCACACGGCCAUGCGCAAGGGCAUGUAUGGCCGCAUCACACUCACAACCCAUUUCCUCUGUUACCAGAACCAUGUCUCGUACGCAACAGAGAAGAUUGAUUGGUCCGACAUCUCAGACAUCAAGAAGUUCAACUCGUUCUUCUCCUCGGGUAUCCAACUCACUGUCAAGUCAGCUGAGAAGAUGAAAUUCACUGCUCUCCAGAACAGGGACCAACUGCUACUCGAGAUGCUCGAGCUCAAGAGCAAGUCCAGGAUGCCAGUGCUCUAG